AAAUGCCUUCAUCAACUCAGUCACACAAAAGAACAUAGGCUACAAAAUCGGCAUUUAUGCUUUUCGGCUUGUUCCAGCCUACACCGUCUUCUAUUCAACUUUUAGUAUGCAACAACUACAAACACGCAUAUUACCGUAAUGUUAAAAAGUAAACUACAUUUGAAUAUAGCCUGUAAUUUCUUUCCUAUAAAUGUAUCACAGCAAAGUCGGAGUAGCUCGAGCGAGGAGCUUUAACGCAUUCAACCAAUGAGGAAAGAAAUUACUUGAAAAAACCUGAAAGGCGGGACAACUUUUAAAGACUGACAACAAAUCCUCAAAUGAAAAGCCGUAGCGAUUUUUUCUCACUUGAGCCUGGUCCAAUCAGAUUUCCCAUCGACUAACGCUUUUCUAACUAGUGGAUUACAAAGAGUUUGAAACAGAAGAAACUGGUAUACAUCACUCUCUAUCCUUCGUGUAAAGUCUCCCUCGUCUCUUUCAAUAAAACUAUCGACAACCAGGCUUCGAAGCCCAAACAUUCAUAAUUUCAAGAGGACCUUUAGCAAAUUAACCAUGGCUGAUAGCGCAGUAGACACGACCACAACUACAGAGAUUACGGCAAAGGAUUUGAAAGAGAAGAAAGAGGUCGUUGUGGAGAAAGUAGCAGAAAAAGAGAACGGCAGCAGCGACGCAUCUGCCAAUGGAAAUGGAACACACAAGAAUGGUGCUGACCAGACCAAUGGUGCUGACCAGACCAAUGGUGCUGACAAAACCAAAGUUGCUGAAGACAAAGAUACUGAAAAUGUAAAGAAGGAAGAGAAAAAUGAAGUAGCAGAGAAAAAAGAAGCUGUGGAAGAGGAGAAGAAGGAAGAAGAGAAAAAGGAGAAGGAGGAAGAGAAGAAGAAGGAGGAGGUGGUGGAUGCAGUCCCUGUGAAGCGUCCAGCUGAAGAGGAGAAAACAGUGGAGACGAAAAAGCAGAAGACAGAAAAUGGAAACGGCGACUCAAAGGAGGCCGAGGUGGAGGCCUAGGAGCCUCGUCACUGUGCUCUCCUGCCCGGCUCUCUGACGGCACGCUCAUCUUCACAAUGUAGGGCCCGGGCUUUCUGUUUGUUUUACAGGUUGUGUUUGCUUCAUGCUGAUGUGACAUUGCACUGGAGUCUCUGGAACAUAGUGGCCCCUCCUCCUUCUCCGUCCACUUUUUUUGGGGGGUGGAAUGACAUGUUAUUUAUUGGUCCCUCAAACUUGUUUUGGUUGUGUCUUUUGACUCGUAUAUGUAGGGCCUCCACACAAUCAGAUUAGCAUUUCUUUGGUGUGUAUCACUGUGUGUUCUUUAGCCAGUAUGAGUUGUAUGGAAGCACAUUCUCUACCAUGUUCCUGUCGACCAGAUGACCCUUUCACUCAGGCAGCUGCACGCUGCUCCUCCCAGCCCCGACACUGUCAUGGCCGUGACCUCACACUCACCAAGGACCAAAGAGAAGUUGGAAGCAGGGGCUAAUAGGCGAUUGUUAGCAUUAUUUGUCUGUUUUUAUAUAUAUAUAAAUAUAUAGAAUCCUUCUCUGUGCUGCUGCUAGUAUGUUAAUCCUUUGCAUGGCUGGUCUGGUAACAGAUGGCCCAAAUGAAUGAGGGGGAAGGGGGCGCAUCUUCUGAGAUAAAAGAUAGUUUGACCCCUGUUGGGAGGCUGGCUUCUUCUGCAAAGUUAAUUAACCCCUCUUUAAUCUUAAGACUUUGGUCAUUUGUUCCAUACGCAUUACACACAAGUUUGUAACCAUUUUGUACUCUGAAUACAGUUUGUGUUUGGAUUCAACUAGUUCUUUAUUAUAAAUGUGUGUCAGGGUAACGAAAGAAUUGUGUCUGCAACUGCCACCAUCAAAACAACAUAUUUACACUGAUGUGGGUCUUCGCUCCGAUUGCAGUAAUAUUUCCAGAUUGCCAUUUGGUUACUUUGGCCGGUGUAUUGUAUUUUCUGGUUCUUGAUAUUAAAUAAAUCACUCUUUGUCUUUUUAA